AUGUACAAAUCGUGGAGGAUAGGAUCACUUGGAUCAUGUUGUUGUUAUGAAGUCAGUGGGUCAGACUUUAAAUUGUUCUUGCUUUAUCUAUUCCUUUUAUCACAAAAUUGAAUGUAGGUUUGUUACAUGUGUCGCCAUAAAACUACUGGUGUCAUUGAACUCACUUCUUGAAAGAAGAGGAAAGGAAACAACGAGCUUAACUAAUAUUUAUACUGUCAACGUUGCUUGCGAUCCAUACAUGUGUACCGUUGUCUGCAGGCGAGAGAAGGCUUUACCUUGUCUCGCUUUGACUCCUUUGACUGCCUAGGUUAAAUCUAUGAUCCAUGCGACUAUCGAGGAGAGCCACUGACGCAACCAUCAUACCGGGGAGGCGACCGUCCAGACCCCGUUGGGUUGAACCAGAACCAGCCGCCCGGUGGGUCGAGAGCAACGACGAUGGCUGUCAACAACGACACCUUCCUCGACGGCACAGACGCUCAGCUCCCGCUGGCCUCGCUGCGUCUUCUUGUCCCUCCCCUCCGCUUGAUGUCGGCGUGCAUGUGGCGCGUUGCCCAGCAACGCAACGUACAGCAGUACGGGAAGCUGGCGGAGUUCGUCACCUUGGUAACGGAGAUGGUUCCAGAACUUCUGACUCCCAGGCAGAUGGCUGAGCUCGUAUUGGGACUGCGGGCGAGGUUCAUCCUGGAGCUGGUGCAGGGGGACGACGAGUUGGACAGUACAGCGAUCAGGGAGCAGUUGAUCGCCAUCCAGCUGUUGACAACACAGGACACACCGGAAGAGUUCCCUGACGGAGAGCUGGGUGUUUCAAAGACGGCCUUUGUGGAACUGGUUCAAACAUUCACAGACAAAAAGUCUUUCAGAAAAAAAUAUGAUUUUUUCAAGAACGCCUUCCCAGAACACUACGGAUGUCGUUUUGACACAUCUCUCCAGAUCCUUGUGUGGGAGUUUCUGUCACGGCUGGAGGAGCUCCUCCCAGUCUCUAGUUUUGUUGAGGUGGCCACCCACCCGGACCUCGACUCACUCGUCCCCCGACUGGAGGAGUUCGGAUCAGACACGGAAGAUUUAAGAACGCUCUUCCAGCACCCAACCAGAGGGUCAGCGAAGUUAGAGAAGAACCUCUUCCCCUUCAGGUCGGCCGUCAUUCUGUCCUCGCUGGCGUCCAAAGGGACCAGCUUGACCCCGGGCGACCCCUUCAGCGAGGAGGGCGAGGGCGCCGCCCGGCUGCAGGAGGACCCGUCUCUUCUCGGCCGCUCCUCCGGCCGCCACGACCGACCGUCCGUCCAGGCGGAGCCGAGCGGCGACCGAACCCCAGAGGACGUCCGAUUGGCUGACGGUGGUGGCGGCGGCGACGCCCAGAGCGACACCCCGGGCUCCGCCCUCGACGGCGGCCGGAGCCACUCCUGCCCCCAGUGCGACCGCGCCUUCCCCCGCUGGCCGGACCUCCUGGAGCACCGCUGCCCCGCCGCGCCUCCCCCCCAGCCCGCCCCGCCGCGGCGCGCCAAGCAGGUGUACCAGUGCGAGCGCUGCCCGCGGCGGCUGGUCUCGGAGGGCGGGCUGCAGAGGCACCUGCAGGCGCACCGGCGCGGGGAGGAGCCUAUCGUGUGCCCGCAGUGCGGCAAGACGUUCACACACCGCUCCUCGCUCGCGGUACACCUGCGCCGCCACUCGGGGGCGCGGCCCUUCGCCUGCUCCGUCUGCGGCAAGGCCUUCAAGGAGAAGGGCGUGCUGAAGACCCACCUGCGCGUGCACUCGCCGGACCAGCCCCACCUGUGCAGCGAGUGUGGGCGGGGCUUCAGGUACCUGACCUCGUACGCGCUGCACCUGCGCAGGCACGCGGGCGUGAAGCCCUUCCAGUGCGACGGCUGCGCCCGACGCUUCUUCACGGCGCAGCAGCUGAAGGAGCACGGGCGCGUGCACACGGGCGAGCGGCCGUACGCCUGCGAGCGCUGCGAGAAACGCUUCAGCACCAAGAACCACCUGAAGAGACACGUCCGGGUCCACACCGGGGAGAAGCCCCACCGCUGCCCCUACUGCGACAAGGGCUUCACCCAGCAGUCCAACAUGAAGAACCACCUGCGCGUCCACAGACACGACAGCGCCAGCAGGAAGAGGAAGCCCCCACCGUUAGGGGGGCCGGGGGGGCCCUGACAGCGGGAUGUCAUUGGAUGGUAUCCUUUGGUGAACACAAGAUAUCUGAUGGUGAAGUCCCCCCCAGAGCAUCAUGCAGACGACAAUGUACCUCUGAAUGUAAACACUGUGUGCUGACACUAUUACUGGUGUUAUUCCAUUAGCACUCUUGGCCGUACUAUAGCGGGUUGAUUUGCGUUUCCACUCCCAGUUUAAACGUUCCGAACUCUGCCGAGGCCUGCUCGAGAAGGACCACCUCCGAUGUCGGGCCUGUGGGUUUUCAUAACACUACGAUUGCUGCCAUUUUGUUGGCUGUACUCGAUAGAAAGCUGUGUGAUGUUAUAUUAAAUAAAUCAUCACCUGGCAAAAGGG